GGCGGCGGUGGCGGCGACGGCGACGGCGACGAGAUCCGGAAGUUAACAUCAUGUCGAGUCUGCACAAGAGCCGGAUUGCAGAUUUCCAGGAUGUCCUGAAGGAGCCCACGAUUGCCUUGGAAAAGCUUCGUGAACUCAGUUUUAGUGGCAUACCCUGUGAGGGCGGACUGCGGUGCCUCUGCUGGAAGAUUCUCUUGAACUACCUCCCUUUGGAGAGAGCCUCAUGGACCUCCAUCCUGGCCAAGCAGAGGGAGCUGUAUUCUCAGUUCCUGAGAGAAAUGAUUAUCCAGCCUGGCAUUGCCAAGGCCAACAUGGGAGUGUCCAGGGAGGAUGUGACCUUUGAGGACCAUCCACUCAACCCCAACCCCGACAGCCGGUGGAACACAUACUUCAAGGACAAUGAGGUGCUGCUGCAGAUCGACAAAGAUGUCCGGAGGCUGUGCCCAGACAUAUCCUUCUUCCAGAGGGGCACCGAGUACCCCUGCCUCCUCAUUCUGGACCCCCAGAAUGAAUUUGAGACCCUCCGUAAGCGAGUGGAACAGACAACGCUGAAAUCCCAGACAGUGGCCCGGAACAGGAGUGGAGUCACAAAUAUGAGCUCCCCACACAAGACCACUGCGCCAUCAUCCCUGAAUGAGUAUGAGGUGCUCCCCAAUGGCUGUGAGGCCCAUUGGGAGGUGGUGGAGAGGAUCCUGUUCAUCUAUGCUAAGCUCAACCCUGGCAUCGCUUAUGUCCAGGGCAUGAACGAGAUUGUGGGACCCCUCUACUAUACCUUUGCCACGGACCCCAACAGUGAGUGGAAAGAGCACGCUGAGGCAGACACCUUUUUCUGCUUCACCAACCUCAUGGCUGAGAUCCGGGACAACUUCAUCAAGAGCCUGGAUGACUCGCAAUGUGGUAUCACCUACAAGAUGGAAAAGGUGUACUCCACUUUGAAGGAGAAGGACGUGGAGCUCUACCUGAAACUGCAAGAGCAGAACAUCAAGCCUCAGUUCUUUGCCUUCCGCUGGCUGACACUGCUGCUAUCCCAGGAGUUCUUGUUGCCUGAUGUCAUCCGUAUCUGGGACUCUCUCUUUGCUGAUGACAACCGCUUUGACUUCCUCCUCCUCGUCUGCUGCGCCAUGCUCAUACUGAUCCGGGAACAGUUGCUGGAAGGGGACUUUACUGUAAACAUGCGGCUCCUGCAGGAUUACCCCAUCACAGAUGUCUGCCAGAUCCUACAGAAAGCGAAGGAACUCCAAGACUCAAAGUAGCCUGACGGCAAGAGGUCCAGGUUUGGGAGAGAAGGCACUGACCCCUGGCUUCUAGGACACGGAGAAGCCUGUAGGAUUUCCAGCCAAAGGGGAAGCUGCAGAAUUGGCCACACUCCAGGCCUUCUCGCCCUGGCCCCCUCGUCCUAGGCCGUUCCCGCUGGGGGCACACUGUGUGGCGCUCCUUCCCUAACCACCGAGCCCUCGCUCCCCACGCUCUUCAGCCCUGGGACCCUCUGCCCAGGCUGCUAAGCAAGGUUGGAGCUCAUGAAAUUCUGUUCCUUGGGGCUGGACAGUCUGGGAGGCUGUCAGGUGUUCUUCCUGUCUCUGCUCUGCUGCCCCCUUCCUCCUUUCCUGCUUCUGGUUUUCUGGACUCUGGUGAGGGGCAGGCAGUAGGCACAUGGGCCAGAGAUCACUUCUUCUAGGGGUUGGUGCUGAAGCUUCUACAUGGGGAAGGUGACACUGUAUAGGAGCUAAGAGGCUGCCGGGCUGAGGUCAUGCCCUCUAUCUCUCAUGAGCGUGUGUGAGGUCUGUGUGUAUAUGUCUGUGAAUCCCCCAGGUGUCUCUGCUUCUCCUCUCUUGUCAGUCAGGGUGAGUGUGAGGAUGUCUUUGAAUCCCUCUAGGUCUGUCUGCUUCUCUGUCUCUCUGCUUCUGGCUCCCUGUCUUCUCCCUUCACUUCUUCACAGAGGGUGGUCGUGGCAUUCUCACUCUGGAUGUUCCUCUCUCCAUUGCUCUCCCUCUGCGUUUUUCUCUUGGGGUGCCUUAUCCCUAGUGUCUUUCCCUCCUGACCCCUUCCCUGCUCCCAGGAACCCAGGAGACAGAAUGAGGAUUCUGGCUCAGCAGAGCCCCUGCACAUCAACCUUGGCCUUUGCAUCCUGUUCCCACCCCCCAGUCCUAGGCUCCCGGGUUCCCCAAACUGGGAGGGAGUCCACAGUGCCUCACUAGAGGCCACUUAACCUGCCCCUUAUGACAAAAACUUGGAAACCAAAAGCUCCUGGGAAAUAAUGAAGAGGGAGACAUGCAUCUUUCCAGAAGUUACCAUAAAGGCUCUUCCCUCCCUGGGGUCGUCUGUGCUCCAGGGGACACGGUUACUAAGAAAAUUCUAUUCCAGGGUUUGGGAUCCAAGUGCUUCUGAAGAGUUGUGAUUCCCUUGGCUUCCAGGAUCUAGCCCACAGAGCCUCCUUGUGGCCAGGCAUAAAUAAGCUCAAAGACCCUGGACCCUGUCAGUGCCAGGAGAGUCUUGUGUCAGCACCUUUGCAUGCCCUCCACCCCCAGGCAGGCAGAAGGAAGUGCUGGCCCUUCUCUGGUCACCUGCUUGGGGUGUCCCCAGGUGUUAGGGCGUGUCCUUCACGCAGGAGCAGCUGACUACUCCCAGCACUGGCCUGUGAGUGGUAAGACUGUUCUGACAACUCCCCACCCUUCUUUUGUGAGAAAGCAGGUAGUGUGGGUCUGGGAGGCUAGGUACCAAGGGUCCUCACCCUCUCCCCAGACCGGCCAGCAAGAGCAGGGCCCCAGGACCCUCUUGCCCCCAAAGCCUCCUGACUCUAGCAGAAGGACUUUGCUGGCCACAAAGGCCCAACUGUAGGCAAGAAACAGCUUCCCCAGGUGGCUCCUUUCCCAGGGUAUAUCUUGGACUCUUCUGGGACUUGACACAUUUGCCUUUUUGCCUCCUCCCAAGACACAGUAUUUGGAAGACUUUUACUAUUUAUUCAGACUCCUAGUUAUUUAUUGCAGAUUGGCAGGUGCCUGGUUUGGGGAUGGCAGGUGGGGCAUGAAGGUGGAAAGGAGUUACAGAAAUGGUCCUCCCGGUGUCCCAAGAUCAGAGCCAGCAUUCUCUUCCCCUGCCUCUCAGCCCUUCCUGGUUUUCUAGUAGGUCUUGGCUGGGAGGGCUCUGAACUCUGGACUGGAGCUGAAUGGAAGGGAGACAAGAGAGCUGGUAUCCUUGCCAGAUUCCAAGACCCAUUGGACAGGGCACACACUGCUUCCCACCAGCCUAGCACACCUUCUUCCCAGGACUUGUCAGUUGGUGGUUCAGCCCCAAACCCCUCAUGGCCUGGAACCCAACAGACACUACCCAGGACAUCUGAUGCAUUCCCUCUUGCCUGCCCCCCUGCUCUUCCACUUGGGGCCAAACUACUUGAAUCACUGCAUCUAAUUUGCCUCAGUGGCAGACCUGGCUCCAGUGCCCUCUCCUUGAACUUGAGGUGAAAGUCAAGAUUGAACGGACCAUGACCUGGUUAGGCUAAGCUCCACAGUGGGAUACUGCCUGAGGAAGGGACCUUCCCUUGCUGAUUCCUCCUCUUCAUACUCUCAAAGGAGCUCCCUAGAGAGCCAGAGUGCCCAAGGCUUCUUGCUUGAGAAGUUGCUCCCAGGAAUUCAGACAGUUUUACAGAUUGGGCUGUAUGAAUUCAGUGGGCCUCACUCCAGAGGGUCAGAAUGUUAGUCUGCUUUUGGUUUUUCAUCUGUUUUGUUCCUUGAAUCAAUGCCGUUGAUAAGUUGUCUUUAAUAAAUCAUGUGUUCUUUAUAUUGGUGCUGUGAUGGGCUGAAACCUCAGAGAGGUCUCUGGGAGCAGGGAAGAAAGUUUGAACAGGGAUGGAGUCAGAAGUCUCCCUAGAGUAGUCUGAAAGACCAGGAAGUCUUGUCUUAAGAGCUUGUGCAGACCUCAUUCAACCACCGCAAGUUAUAGCUAGUGGGAGUGUGGACUGGGGAAGGAUGUGUAACAUACAUGGUUACACAGCAAGUUAUGUUUUAGAUUUAAAAAAUUUGGAAAUUCAAAAACGUGAAUAAAACAGGUCACCCAUAAUCUCACAAAGUCAACAACGUUAGACUUUUUAAGUGAAUGUAAUUUUUGUUAAAUAAUUAUCAUUUUCUUGAUAGUUUUGUAUAUUAGAGCAAGUUGUAUGAUGAAAAAAAUUUUAUGAGUUCUAUAUACUAUCUGUUAUUAGGUGCCAUCGAGUCAGUGUCAACUCAUAGUGACCCUGUGUACAAUAGAAUGAAACAUUUGCCCGAUGCUGCACCGUCUUCUCAAUUGUUAUGCUUGAGCCCAUUGUUGCAGCCACUGUGUCAGUCCAUCUCAUUGAGCAUCUUCCUCUUUUUUGCUGACC